AUGGUUAAGAAGACAACAAAGAAGACGACAACUACUGCUGCACCAGCAAUGUUACAGGAGCCAGAGAUGACUGAUGAUGCACAGAUGACUGCCACAGAUGAGAAUGACACCAUUGUUCAACUAAAGGAUCGUUUCGAGAAGAUUGUUCGCACUGGUGGCAAUGAUUCAUCCUCCAACAACAACAACGCAUCAUCCAAAGACACUGCCAUCCUCUCCAACAUCUUGGCAACAUUGAACAAUGCCAACAACAUCAACAACAACAACAACGUCAAUGGCAAGGACAUGGACUACAAGAAGAGGUACAUUGAGAUGAAGGACAAGUUGGCACUCUUCAAGAAGAUGAAGAACACUGACACAGAGAACUUGUUUGAGGACUUUAAGAUCGCUGCUGAGAAGCGUGACUCUGACUCCAAGAAGUAUAUCAGCCAGCUCAAGUUCCAGGUUGAGGUGUUGCAACAAAAGAACAGCUUGUUGAAUGAGACUCUGAAGAACAAGUUUGGCUGUGACUAUGAUGAGCUCCAGAAGCAAAUAACCGACCGUAGAGAGCUUGAGGAGAAGUUCAAGAUCGAUCAAGUCAAGGCUGUCCUCAACGAGAAGAUCAAGGAGGAUGACAAGAUAAUCUCUCAACUCACGUUGGACAAGGAGCAACUGCAGAGACAGAUGGCCGAGAUGAAGGAGGACUUUGAGAGGAGGAUGGCCAGUGCCAACCAACAGUUUGAGUCGCUGGUCAACAAGCACAACAAUGAGAGGUACGAGAGCCAGCGCUCCGUCGACACCAUGAGCCAGGAGGUCAACGAGAAGCUGGCCGAGUCGCGCUUCAUCAUUGCCCAGCUCCAGACCGAGAACCAGGCACUUCAGUUGCGCAUCCAGGUGAUUGAGCAGGAGCUCCAGGAGCACUCGGAGUUGUACAACGAGGGCAAGCAGAAGCUGGUCGACGAGUGGAUCCUGUCCGACAAGCAAAAGUCCGACGAGGCCGAGCAGCGUCUCAAGGAGCUCAAGCAGAUAUACGAGACACAGAUCGCCAAGAUCAAGCAGCACAACGAUGAGAACAUCAAGAAGUUCCACGAUGACUUUGUGCAGGCCGAGACGCGCUUCAAGAAGCUGAACCAAGACCUGGUCGAGCAGAAGAACAACGAGUUAGUGGCCGUCGAGAAGCAACUCAACGACGAGAUCGAGCAGCUUGAGGACCGUCGUCUCAAGGAGCACCAAGCCUCCCUCCAGACACAAAAGAUUCAUCUUAGCGAGAUCCAGGAUCUCAAGUCCAAGCUAGAGAGCGGUGGAGCAUUGAACAAGACCAACCAAGUCUACUUGGAUCUCUAUCAUAUGCUCACCUCAAUCAAGCUGAGUCAAGUCACCGACGAGAAGUUUGAGUUGAUCGUUCAGAACAAGAGUCAAUCAAACAAGAAGAUACAAGGAGAGAUAGUGAUUGGAGACCAAGAGAUUAGCUACAACCCAAUAUCAAUUGACAAUUGCAACAAGGUCAGUGAGUGUGUUGAGAACCAGAUCGACUUCCCCAAGCAUCAAGUCAGUGCCUUCAUGAUGAAGCUUAUUGAGACCGUCUACGCUUAA